AAAAGAAAACUGUGAAGGAAAACUAAAACAUAGACAUAAAUAUAUUAAUAUAUACAGAUUAGUAAAAGAAAAAUUGAAAAGUUGUUAAAACAAGAGUAUUUGAAAACCAGUGAAGGAGACAAGAACAGGAAGAGAGAAAAAAAAAACAGUCCAGGAAGUGAGAAAACAAAGACAGAAAUAAGAGUGGUUAGAGUUAAACAUCGUCAUAUGAGAGCGUGGAACGAAGAGCAUGCACUAUAGAUUAACAGUUUAUGAGACUCAACAAACAACAUAUUUGUGUUAGUCAGAGGGAGAAUAAAGGAAUUCAGUUAAUGAGCAACACAUUUUACAGCCAGUUAUAUUUUUGAUACUGUCUACAGCUAAAAAAUGAGUGAGUCAAAUAUCUGCCAGGUGAGAGCAACAGUAAUGCUGUAUGACGAUACUAACAAGCGCUGGGUGCCAGCAGGAUCUGAUAGUCCUGCCUUCAGCCGUGUCCAGAUCUUUCAUAACCCAGUGGCCAACACAUACAGAGUGGUGGGCCGAAAACUGCAGGCAGACCAGCAGGUGGUGAUCAACUGUCCCAUUAUCAAAGGGAUGAAAUAUAAUCAAGCCACACCCAACUUUCAUCAGUGGCGGGAUCCCAAGCAGGUGUGGGGGCUGAACUUUGGUAGUAAAGAAGAUGCUGCUCUUUUUGCCCAUUCCAUGAUGCAAGCUUUAGAGGCUCUCAGUGUUCAGGCUGACUCAGCUCAGCGUGGAGCUUCUGCACAGGAGCUGGAACAAAACAGAAGACUAGAGCGUCAAAGGCAGGAACAGCAGGAGAAGGACAGCCUUGAGGAAGAGAGGCAGGCCUCUGCUGCUAAACCAGUCCCACUGGCUGCACCUUCAGCCCCAUCAGCUGCCCAACUAGCUCCCCCACCACCUCCAGGACCACCUUGCCCACCUGCACCUGCACCUCCACCUCCACCUCCACCUCCUCCUUCAUGGAGCAAUGUCCCACCAGCACCAUCCCCACCCUCUGCUCAAACAAGUGGAGGUAGUUCUGGAGUCGGAGGUGGAGGGGGAAACAAUCUGGCUGCAGCUCUUGCAGGAGCUAAACUGCGUAAGACUGUCACGGGUGAAGGAGGAGAAGCAACCCAAGACUCCAAACCAGCAUUGGCAUCUGGUGGAGGUGGGGCUGGAAAUUUAAUGGGAGAAAUGAGUGCAAUUCUGGCCAGGAGAAAGAAAGCUGCUGAUGAUCCUGCGGGAAAAAAAGCAGAACACAAGGAAGAUUCUAACUGCUCAAAAUCUAAAUUCUCUGGGGCAGGAGAAAAACAGGGAAAGGCUCAGGAACAUUCUGCCAGCACUCAAAGGCCCAAACACUUUCCCAACAAUCAAAGGGACUCCACAUCUCCUUUCUUUAAACCCCCGAACGCUUCAGUGUCCAGGAUCAAGGUGUCCAAAAAAGGCUCCGAAGGUGAAGGAAGUGAUAUUGAUAUGGAACAGUUCAAACAGGAAAUUGUGGGAGAAAUGAAAAGGGAACUUCAAAAAGUGAAGGAUGAGAUUAUUAUGGCUCUUCUUCAGGAGCUACGAAGUUCCCAGCAAGAGUGAAGGUUGAAGACUUUUAAAGGACUGGAAAGGAUCAAGAAAAACAAAUAAAUUCAAUCCUCCCCGCUUACAACUUUUUCAGGCUGAUGAAUGCAAUAAGAAAUUGAAAUUUCCAUGGCAACCCAAUUACACCCAAUUUGUAAUUUCGGCAGCUGGUUAGUCCUUCUAAACAAUCUAAAAUAUCAUGGAUUGAAAGACUGGCUUCUGUUGCAUUUUUCUCCAAGUGUGGCAUGAUUUUUCACAGAUUGAACACAAUGUAUGCCUGACUCUUUACGUCUCAAUUCAAUUGAAUGGGAAUGCCCAUCAAUGCAUUCCAUUGAUGGGCACAACAAAUACAUUAUAUGAUAUGUAUGAACCUAAUAAAGGCCACAAGCCCAAAAUGGGUGGGUGAAAUAAAGUUCAUAAAGUUGAUCUUCGUACUGCUUGUUGCUAGAGCUUUUUGACUUCACUCUGCAUGUGCCUUGGUAGUUGGUUAAGUUGUGCCAGAACACUCUACUUCGCUUUUUAUGUGCCUAUAUGAUUUUUUCUGUUGCAACGGGUAUAUGUAUUUCGUUUCAAGCCACAGCUGAGCCCAGAGAUAUUAAUACAGGUUGUCGAGUGUCCAUUAUGCAAUCAUUUGAGAAAACUGCCUUAUCUUUAUUUUGAUGUUUGGCACAUUAAACAUGAGUUCAAACCUG